AUGUAUGUUGGAAGAAUGCCUAGCGGAAUGAGAGUGGCAAUCAAGAGACUUAAAGAGGGCAUUAAGCUUCAUACUCUUAUUGAUGAUAUAUGCCAGAAGGCGAAAAUAAGGCAUCCAAAUUUGGUGAGCACCCUUGGAUAUUGUGACAGAGGAGAUGAGUGUCUUGUAUCUGAGUUCUGUGUUAAUGGUGAUCUUGAAAGCUGGCUUCUUGGUGAAAGAAGAGGGUCGAUCUUGACAUGGGAACAGCGGUUGCAGAUAUCUAUUGGAAUUGCAAGAGGUUUAUGGUUUCUGUAUGACAAUCCCUUGCAGAAAAUGGUUCAUGGAGAUAUAAAGGCAACAGAUGCAGUAAAGAAAGGAGAAAGUGUAAGUGCCAUGGCAGAUCCCCGCUUACGUGGGGCUAUGUUUGGAUCGGAGUUUCGAAAUCUGUUUUCCAUAGCUGUCUUGUGUACAGUUCCAAAUGAAUGCGAAAGACCAACCAUGAAACAAGUCUUACAGAGGCUUGAAGAAACACAGAUUCUUGUCUGA